AGCCCCCUCCCUCCCCUGAUUAGUGAGCUCAAACGCAGCGUGUGAGAAAAAAAAAAGAGAAAAAAAAAAAGAAGCGGAGACGAAAGAGAAGCCAAAAAUCCUCACACCCUCCUCGACUCUCCCUCUCGACUAGGGCGCACGCACGCACGCACCCGCGCAGCUCGCCUCCGCCUCCGCCGCCGCCUGACGCGACGACGACGAGGAGGAGGAGGAAGGAGGCGGCGCCGACGAUCUCCCCCCUGUGCGGCGGAACUAAAAGGGUGAGGCUGAUAGUGGAGCUGCAUCCCUUUGAAGAUUGAUUCAUGGCUGGUACUUUGACUGAGGACUAUACAGGGGAUGGUAGGUCCUCAUCAACCGAGGAGUUACCAAGUGAUCAGCAAAGUCAUUCCGGGGAAUCUUUAGCAGAGUGGAGAUCGAGUGAGCAAGUUGAGAAUGGAACACCAUCAACUUCGCCAGCUUAUUCGGACAGUGAUGACGAUGAUUGUGGGCCAAGGCCUUCUGAACUUUAUGGAAAGUUUACUUGGAGGAUUGAUAAUUUUUCCCAAAUUAACAAGAGAGAGCUGCGGAGUAAUUCCUUUGAUGUUGGUGGCUAUAAAUGGUACAUCCUGAUUUAUCCACAAGGAUGUGAUGUCUGCAAUCACUUGUCGCUCUUUCUUUGUGUUGCCAACCAUGAUAAGCUUCUCCCAGGAUGGAGUCACUUUGCACAGUUUACUAUAGCUGUAAUUAAUAGAGACCCUAAGAAAUCCAAGUAUUCUGAUACGCUGCAUCGAUUUUGGAAGAAAGAGCAUGAUUGGGGGUGGAAAAAAUUUAUGGAGCUAUCAAAAUUACAUGAUGGCUUUGUUGUUGAGGACGUUCUUACCAUCAAAGCUCAAGUUCAAGUGAUCAGGGAGAAGGCAGACCGUCCAUUUCGUUGCCUUGAUGGUCAGUACAGAAGGGAACUAGUUAGGGUGUAUCUCUCUAAUGUGGAACAAAUUUGCCGACGCUUUAUUGAUGAAAGGAGAACUAAGCUUAGCAGGUUGAUUGAAGAUAAACUAAGGUGGUCCAGUUGCAGUUUCAAUGCAUUCUGGUUAGGAAUGGAUCAAAGUGUGCGGAAGUACAUGACAAGGGAAAAGACUGACACUGUAUUGAAAGUUCUAGUGAAACAUUUUUUUAUAGAGAAGGAAGUUACGUCAACCUUAGUAAUGGACUCGUUACAUAGCGGACUAAAGGCUCUUGAAUACCAGACCAAGAAUAAAAAGGGGGUGCCCAAAUUAGCUGAGAUGGUCCAGAUGGAUAUUCGAAGCACUCCUAUGGUGCUUGUUGAUCAGGACAUGUUUGUCUUGGCGGAUGAUGUGAUACUUUUGCUUGAAAGAGCUGCACUGGACACACUACCACAUCAACCUUUGCCUACAAAGGAUGAUAAAAGUUCACAGAACCGCACGAAGGAUGGCAGCUCAGGCGACGACUUCAACAAAGAUUCAAUCGAACGUGAUGAUAGACGGCUUGUAGAGCUUGGAUGGAAGACACUGGAAUUUUUUGCGUUAGCUCAUAUAUUCAACCGAAUAGAGGUGGCAUACCAAGAGGCGGUGGCUUUGAAGCGCCAAGAGGAGCUCAUUCGUGAAGAAGAGGCUGCUGGGCUUGCAGAAAUUGAACUUAAGGCAAAACGUAGUGCUGCUGAGAAGGAAAAACGCAUCAGGAAAAAACAGGCUAAACAGAAGAAAAACAGUCGGAAAAAUAAUAAAGGGAAAAGUGAGCAGGCUGACAUAAAGGAAAUAGUAAUAGAGAGCAGCCUACCAGAUGAUAGGAUCCUAGAUGAUCUCUCAAGUCAAGCAGAAGAAAUAACCUCAAAUGCAGACAACCCUGAAGAAGUGUCUGAUAUCUCUGAUAACAGAGAUGAUAGUUGUGAGUUGCUUCAUAAUGACCUUGAAGACAGUGAAUCCAGUCCUGUUAAUUGGGAAACAGAUGCUUCAGAAACUCAAGCUACUGUGCCUGAAGGGGUUGAAAUGCAAAAUGAGAAUGCAGGAAAGAGGACUUUUGUGGAUGACAGCUCAUCUACUUGUUCAUCUGAUUCAGUUCCUUCAGUUAUCUUGAAUACUGGAGGUGCCUGGACAAAUGUCAAAUCCUCAUCCAACAGAGGAAACAAUCGAAGGAACAAGGAUCAUGAUACACGAAGUGGGCUUGCACAAGGUGGAUUAAAUUCAGUGCCAAAUGGUAUUGCUGGAUCUGUCAGCAGUACUUCUGGUAACUCGAAAGAUCCAAGACAUGAACAUGAGGAUGACAAAGUUGUAUUGCAGAAGAAGCAGAGUGCACACCGGCACACUGAUGUCAUGAGCCCAUCCAAGUUAAGAAUGACAGAGGCUUCUGUCAGCCCUAUUAAGAAGCAGCAUAUCUUUUCCCAACAGCCGAAAUCUUCAUUAGAAAACACCAAUAAUUUGAGUUCCCGUGCAAGCGAAGCUUCAGGUGCUGUGACUGCCACUACAGCGAUGGCUGUCACGACCACUCCGUCUGCUCAGUUAGUUUCAAAUAAAGGACCUCUUACAGUUCAUGUGACCCAGAAUGAGAGGUCAGUUCCAGUUGCAAGAAAUCCGCAGGUGCCCACAGCCUCUAAAUCUGAAGCUCAGAAACAGAAUUCCCUGGUAAGCAGUGGUACGGCAACCCAGGUAACUUCAGUAUCGAGGCCCUUGAGUGCCCCACAAGUCCCUGCAGCCAAACAAACAACACCUGUGGCUUCAGCAGUUCAAAGUGUUCCACUUCUUUCCCGUUCGAUGAGUGCCUUUGGACGUCUGGGCAAUGAGCCCUCUGCCAGUGCUCCUAGCUAUAUUCCACGUUCAUACCGUAAUGCCAUGAUGGAGAAAAGUUCUGUUGGUGCUAGCAGUUACACUCACCAGACAAAUUCAUCAGGGCAAAGAGUUGCACAAUCACAAUCAAUGUUCUCAUCACCUUCAAUUUUAUCACCAGAGAACCUGGCUGGGAAUGACAGAUCAUCAUUGCGACAAGGGUUGACUUUUGGAACUGUGAAGCCUGAGACACUCAACCAGUGGAGAGAAGAAAGCUCUCAGCAGGCAAGCAGCAGCAGCAGCAGUAGCAGCAAUGACCAUGGGGCAGUAAGCUCAAGCACUGGAGCUGAGUUUGAGAAGUUUUAUUUGUUUGGGAAACCACGAAGCAGGCCACUGUCAGAAAUUUCUGCUAGAUCUACUCCAUUCCAACCACAAGGCCAAGUCAAUGAUGAGUUUCCGCACCUAGACAUAAUCAAUGACUUGCUCGAUGAAGACCAGAUCGAAAGGAGAACGUUAAGGGUUCUACAACGCAGCCAACAGGCAUUUGCUCGACAGUUCUCAAUGCCCAAUAAUUCCAGCACACCUGAUUAUGGCAUGUUUGCUCAAUCUGAUCCAUACCUGUAUGAUCAAUCCGAGCAAUACUAUGAUGAGGAUAUCCCAAGGUUCUAUAAUUCUUUGAGCGGUACAUCUCGGGGGCUAAGGGAGAGGAGUUACUCACAAUUUGAUCUGCCUUCAUACUCCAACGGCCAGUUUGAUGAUAUGAUGAUGAACCAGUGGCCAUACAGCCAGACGGACCUCUCCUUGCCGAAUUUCGGGGCAGAUAUAAAUGGUUACCCCUAUCAGUCAAGUGAUUACCCGAAUCCAGCCAAUGGAGUAAACAGAUUCCCAUCCUAUCGUCCUGCCAAUGGCCAUUGAGCACCUCCAAUGGUUAGUGAUUGCAAUUCACAAUAAUGUGUUGUAAUCCAUGCUGUUUUCUUCUGGGCUGAGUGUAAUUGUAAUCCUUCUCUAUAGUGUUAUAAAGAACAGCUCCUCAGUUCCUUAUUCAAUAGC